AUGUAUGACAGUAAUAAUGGUUAUAACCAUAAUUGUAGAAAUGAAAUAUUAUUUUUUAACAUUUUUAAAAAUAAAAUAUUAAGAAAUAAAAUAUUUUCAUUUAUCCAUAGAGAUAAAUCAGAUCAUUUCUACGAUGCAACUUCAUCACUAACGCUAAUGGUCGAUAAUAAUAAGUACGAAAUGAUAUAUGAUAAAUUAAAAAAUAAUAAUUUUAUAUACAUAGACAAUCAACUUCCAGAAUCAAUUAUAAAACUAUUCAAUGGAUUAUCAAAAAUUAAUCAAAUUGAAAGAAUUUUUACACCAUUAUUAAAUAAAUAUAAAAAUAUUAUAGAUAGUUUUACAACCCCAAUAUUCGAUGCAGCAAUAAAAGAUAAUAAUUUAAAAAUCAUAAAAUACCUUAUCAAUUAUUAUAGUUUAAAUAAUAGUGAUCAAUCACAUCUUUUAACUAGUCUAUUAAUAGAAUCAAGUUAUGAUAGUUUUAAAAUAUUUAAAUAUUUAUUCAGCUUAAUAAAAAGUAAUAAAAACAAUAACAAUGAUAUAGAUAGUGAUAACAAUAAUAACGAUACAGAUAUGAAUGAUAAUAACAGUAUAUUAAAAAGUAUAAAAAAAUUUGAUCAAUAUAACUUUGACUAUUUGGUUUUACCACUACUUAAUAAAUUAUCAAAGGAAAAGGUGGAGUUUAUCGAGAAUGAAUUAAAGAUCAACUUGAAACAAUUUAUAAAUGAAAAUCAAGAGACUAUCAAAUACCUUAAGACUUUAGAACCAAUAGCAAUUCAUCAAGAAAUUAUAGAAUCACUUUUAAUCAUAAAUGAAGAAUCUCUAGUACCAAUAAUCAAAUUUAAUAACCCAACUUUUUUAAAAAUUCAAAUAUUCGCAUACCUAAAUAGACAAAAUAAAAAUUUUCAAAAAAAAUAUAUGGAAAAAUUUAAAGAAUUCUUUAUAAACAAUCCAAACAUUAAAACCACGAAAGAGAUCAUAUUUGGAAUAAAAUCAAUUAUUAGCAAUAUUAAAGGGGAGGACCAAGUAAACAUCGGUCUAUUUGAAUUAAUUCCAUUCGAAAUUUGUUACUAUUUUAUGGAGGAAUCAAAAUAUGAAGAAAUUACAAACAUUAUAAAGAACCCACAUUAUUCAUCAAAUUAUUAUCAAAUUAGUCCUAGAGUUAUUCAAUCAAUAGUUCUAUUUUACUCUAUGUCACACUACUCUAUAGAAGCACUACAAUUUUUUUUAGAAAUGGACUCAAAAAUUCACUACACCCAUUCCUCCUCUGUUUAUGAAGACAACACUACAGAAAUAAACCCUACCAAAGCACAUAUCUUUAUAAAAUCUAUAUUCAAUAAUGAUAAAAUUAGGGAAAAAGUUUUACAAAUUAUUCCAGACGAAAUGAUACGACUUUUAGAUAUAAUCAUCACCAACUAUGACACAACUUUCUUUGAAUCUCUAUUAAAUGAAAAUACUCAUUUUAAAAACUUUUAUUACCAAACAAUAGAAUUUAAUUUUAAAAAAGUUGUAGAAAUCUACUCGACCAAAGAUAAAGUGACCAACCAAUAUAAUAAAGAGAAAAUAGACUUUUUGAUUAAACAAAUAAAGAUUGGAAAGUUGGAAACAGCAUUUUGUUUUCUUGAUACCAGUAGUAAUAAAUCUCUUAUUGUCCCAUUUUUUAGCUAUUUAAUGAAAAAUAUAGAACAAGAUUUAAUGGUCCACUAUGUAUUUUCAAAUAAAUUAUUUUUGGAUUUUCAAAAUUUAAAACUAAAUGAAAUCGUCGAAAUUUUCAACUCUAUUGAUCAAGAACAAUAUUUUAGAAACCUUAUGGAAUGUUUUCAAAGUGAUGGUAAUUUUGCUAAAAAAAAUUCAUAUAUAUUCAACAAGUCCAAUCUUUUUUUAAAGAAACUAAGCAAAUCAAUUUCAAAAAGAAGAUACAAUAAAAUUAACCAAAUCAUAUCAACAACCAAUAAUAAUAAAAACAUUCAAAUACCAACAACACUUUAUAAACCAAUUGAAAUUAUUAAAUAUUUAUUUGAAAAUAACUAUUUAGAAUCAUUCGAUAUCAAAUCUUUAGUUGAACUGCUCACUAGUCAUAUACCAGAUAUCAACUCUUUUGAAAUCAUUGAAAUGGCUCAGAAAUCCACUAUAAAUGAAAAUAGUAAAAAACAUUUAUGUGGAUACAACUCAAUUCUUUUAAAAUACAAUUUGGAUGACAUAUUAUUGGAUGAAAAUAAUGAAGAUACCACCUCUUUUUCCUUGGGGAAACUUUUUGAAGGUUGCUAUUAUCAAAAAGCAUUAGAACUAUCACUCAAUAAACCAAAAUCAGAACUAUCAUUGGGCAGAAUUAAUUACCAAUUGCUAUUUGAUAAAUCCAUGUCACUAAGCAUAGAAUGGUUUAAUAGAUUAUAUACUCCAAUUUAUGAGACAAUUUUUAGUCAAAUUCAUUUCAGUCAAAACUUUUUAGUUUUAAAACUAUCCUCUGCAAGUAUGGAUAUAUUCGAAAUUCUAUGGACACGUUAUUUAAAAUUAGACUGUGAUAAAAUCGGUUUUAUAAGCACUAUUCUACACCAUAACAAAAACCAUCAGCAAUUAACAAUGUACAUAUUAAAAGAAAAGAAACAGUUUCUUAUCGACCAUUAUAAAUUUAACUACAAUUUUUUUAAAGAUAUCUGUCUCCAAUAUCUAAUCGAUGGUGAUUUAGAACUAUUCAAAUUAUUCAUUCAAAUUUCACCUCCAUCAUUUCAAUUUACCAUAGACUCCAAUAUUUUCAAAUUGUUUUUCUUACCCAAAAAUCCUUUUUAUCACACAAUAGAAUACCUUAUUGAUAAUAAUUAUAUUUUAGAUUUAGAAAAUAUUAUUUCAACAAUCGAUUUUAAUAGUGGUGAUAAUGAACAUAAACCAUUUUAUAAUAUACCAAAAAUAAUAUUUUUACAAAAAAUAAUUAAAAAGUGGCUAAUCUACGAAUAUUUCUAA